AAUGCUCCUGUCCUAUUAUCACCGGAGAGCCACUUCCAUCCAACAUCAUGUAUAGUACCUGGAGGGUUUCUGUAAGUAAGCCAGACACUUGUCCAACUCAUAUCGCCUUUCUUCCCUUGGUCGCAUCGAUGUUAUGAGAACAAGAGCGAUCUUUAACCGAAUUACUUUCGCACUACCACCAUCGGUGUCCAUGGCCCUGGUGCUUUACGACGCAAAGGCAUCCACAUGUCCUUCUUGCGGUAUUUUCAGGGUACUAGCUGAGUCCAGAUUACAUCGAGGUUGGCCGGAGGCAAAUCCUAACAAAUCUAGCGAAAAGUCCAUGUUGUCACCGUUGCUUGUCUUCCCGAGGGCCGUUGAAUGCAACGUCUGCGGCUUGGAUCGUGGCUGCUCUCACGGCUUGGCAAAAUCAAUAAAGAUUACAACGUUUGCCGGCACACCUCUUUUAUACUAUCAAACGCCAGGAGCAAGAAUGCACCUUGGAGCUAGAAAUGCGUACUGAGGACAACCUCUUCACACGGUUCGUCAUGAAGGUCAGUAUACAUAGGAUUCCACUCUGCAUUAUCAUUUCGCCUGCGCUCAACAACCCAUUGACGAC